AGUCUUCUUUCGGGCAGACGCUGCUUCUUAUCGUCUUCAACAACAACAACCACCUCCUCCUCCAGUAUCAUAACGCGCGUGAUUCUUCUGCAAUAUAAUACUAAGAAAGGGUGUACUUAAAUUCACAAAUUCAAGUUCUAAGCGAAGAUAAUGUCUACCGAAACCAGUGAAAACCCAAUAGCCGCGGGUGGGGAGAAAUCCGAGGAACAGCAGCAGGGGGGAAUGAAUGGAAAGGCUAGGCAUGAUUCCAGCUCCAGGAAGGAAAGACCCAUGAAGAGAGGCGGAGGUGGUGGGCGCUUUGAACCUUAUUCUAACAAGAGAUAUCGCAUUUUCGUCAGCAACAUCCCAUACGAUGUUAAAUGGCAAGUCCUCAAAGAUCUCAUAAAAGAGCAAGUGGGUGAGGUAACGUACGUGGAUCACUUAAUGGACGCGGAAGGCAAAUCAAGGGGUUGUGCUGUUGUUGAAUUUAAGACUGAGGAACUGAUGAAAAAAGCAGUUGAGAAAAUGAACAAGUUCGAACUCAAUGGGAGGCCCCUGAAAGUGAAGCCUGACCCUGACGGUUUCAUUACACAGAGGGAAAUCAACAAAGUCCAAGGCCCCCCAGGAAUGAUGGGAGGGAUGGGUGGAAUGGGAAGGAUGGACCGGAUGGGCAUGGAUCGCAUGGGAAUGGAUCGCAUGGGCAUGGAUCGCAUGGCCAUGGACCGUAUGGAGCCAAUGGGACCUGGUCCAAACAACUCGAUGGUCAACAUCCCUGCCAGUCUCAUGAAUAAUCCUAACAUCCCCAAUGAAAUCAUCCAUGGUCUGCAGGCUGGAAAAAUUGGCAACAGCAUCUUUGUGGCUAAUCUUGACUACAAAGUGAACUGGAAGAAGCUGAAGGAAGUCUUUUCAAUGGCUGGUGUUGUGUUGAGAGCUGACAUUCUGGAAGAUAAAGAGGGGAAAAGCAGAGGCAUGGGCACUGUGACCUUUGAAAUGCCCAUUGAAGCAGUCCAAGCUGUCUCUAUGUUCAAUGGCCAAAUGCUUUUCAACCGGGUCAUGUAUGUUAAACUGGACGAAAAGUCUAUGCCAAAAGAUAUGGGACCACCAGAGAGACCUCCAGCUCUUCCUCGUGGUCUGAGUGGAGUUGGUAUGGGCCUAGGACCAGGAGGACAGCCUAUUGAUGCUACCCAGUUAAAUCGCGGAGGAGGUGGCGGCGGAAUGGGCAACAUGGGUCCUGGAGGUAUGGAUGGAAUGGGCAUGGGCGGCAUGGGAAGUCGUAUGGGAGGAAUGGACAGUUUUGGCGGAAUGAAUAACAUGGAUCGCUUUGGUUCAUCAGGAAUGGGCAGAAUGAAUGAGAUGGACCGUGGGAUUGGUGGUGCUUUUGACAGGGAGUUUGGUCGAAAUGAAAUGGGCAUAUCUCGCAAUAAUUUUGGUGAUUCGUUUGAAAGAGGAAUGGGUAACUCUUUGGGAAUGGACCGCAUGAGCUCAGGAAUGGACCGUCUGGGGGGCAGCAUGGAUCGCAUGUCGGGGAUGGGCAUGGACAGAAUGGACCGUCUGUCUGAUCUGGACCGGCUCGGCUCUGGCUUUGACCGCAUGGGCUCUGGGAUGGACCGGCUUGGGCCUAGUCUUGACCGGCUUGGGCCCAAUCUCGACCGCAUGAGCUCCAGCAUGGAUCGCCUGGGCCCCUCUGGAUUUGACCGCCUUGGGUCUUCAAGCCUUGAUCGCAUCGGUUCAAGCCUUGAUUUUGGCUCUCCAAUGGGUCUGGAUCGCAUGAACAACACUGGACUGGACAGAAUGGGCAGCAGCUUCGACCGUAUGGGAUCUGCAGGAGGCCUGGAUCGCUUCUCCUCAGGUGGGCUCGACCGCUUGGGCUCUGGCAUGGAUAGAAUGGGGUCUGGUAAUGUCGGAGGCCAGUUUGAUCGUUCUGGUGACAUGGAUCGUGGAUUUGGUGGCAACUCAUUCAGUGGCACUGGAUCAUCUGCCUCUGGAGCUGGAGGUGGCAAUCCCAGAGGAUGCCAAAUUUUUGUUCGCAAUUUGCCCUUCGACUUCACGUGGAAGAUGCUUAAAGAUGCUUUCAAUACCUGUGGUAUGGUCCAGUAUGCUGACAUUAAACUGGAGAAUGGCAAGUCAAAAGGCUGUGGGGUGGUUCGCUUUGAUAGUCCUGAAUCUGCAGAGAGGGCUUGCCGCACCAUGAAUGGAUAUCGACUGAAUGGCAGAGAGAUUGAUGUCAGGAUGGACAGAAAUGCUUAAGUUAUUCUUCCAACAUAUGAUUAAAUGGCAUCUUGUCAUCUAAAUUACCCAUAACUUGUUCACUUGCUUGGUUUAGAGCUUUGUAAUUGUACCAUGUUUUAGUUCUUUUAUUUUAGUGACAAACUUUUUAAAAAUAUUUGUGUCAUGUUAUCUGCCAUUACC